CUACCUACCUAUAUGGCUAUGUAUAAUAUAUUUAUAGGUAAUGUAAAAAAAUUCAAAUUGAAACUUAAUGUUUUAUUAAAAUUAUUUUAUUUUAUUUGUACUUCAAUGUGUUUUUCGAGGAAGCAUAAUAUUGGAUAAAACACGGUGAAACUAAUUUAUAUAAAAAUAUAUUAUUGAGCCACAAUGUCAACAUUUUGUGCUGAUGGUCUUAUUCCAGCAAGAUUUUUAUGUCUUGUUGCUCAUUUUAUAAUGCUAAUCAUGGCUUUAAACCAUAGGGAGCAAAACGUAAAGGCCUGUCUACCAUAUGAUUAUGACAACUAUCUUUACAUGGAACAAGACAAAAGGUUGAUGAUUGGUUACACACUUUCAAUUGGUUUCAUUGGUAUCGAAAUGUUUGGAUUUAUGAGUGGUAUAACCAUGUUUUCUCCAACAAACGGUUUUAUUUCUAUGAUUUGUCAUGGCGUAGCUACCGUGAUGAUGUUUUAUUUUCUUCAAGACUUAUGGAGUUGUGAGAUGUUUUGGUCCGUAUUUUUUUUAUGCAGUAUAUUGCCGUGUUUGAUCGAACUAAUUAUGAUAAGCUAUUCAUUUAUAAUGAAAAAAUGAUGGCAUAUUUAUAGACAUUGUAUUUAAGUUAUUAAUUUAUAAUAAUAUGUAAAUUUUUAUA